AUGCGGUGGCUCUCCUCCGUGCUUGCAGCGCUGUCGGCAUCCUUCGCUACCUGGUAUGCUGUGGAUCAGCGCCGCCUGGAAGAGCUUCGGAGGCUCCCGAGUCUUCCGCCCGACGACAGUUGCCUGGAGCUGCAACGCCUCGUGGAGCAGCAGGUUGCGCGGAUCCUGGAGCUGGAAGGUGCAGGAGGAGAGCCAACGGGAGACCUCAUCGGAAGGAGUUUAAGCCUGCUGCAGGACCUGGGCAGCCACUCUGUCGAAGAGGGCUUAGCACUGCUCGGGUUGGGCCAGAGGCCUGAGUUCAAUCACUAUCGCAAUCUUCUACGGAACACGUCGGAAGUCAUCCAUGCUGAAGCUGCUCGAAGGCUGGAGGCGUUGCAGCCGGUGGCGCUUGUCGCAGUCCAGAAGUGCUCCGAGCUCUACAGCCAGCUUCCUCCAGAGGUGACGCAGCCGGUGCAGGGUGGUGUCCAGGCGGCCAAGGAGCUCCUGGAGCAGGUCCUUUCGCAAAGCAACAGCCGGCUUCAGGAAGCCCUCAACCGGUUUUUGGAUCGGCACCCGCAGCACCGCCCUAGCCUCACCGGAGUGCCACCGGCCUUGGUCUUUGGAGUGCUGGCUCUGGUGCUGCUGGAGUCUCUGAUGUGGUUCCGUUCGCUUGUGCUGUGCUGCAUUCGCUGCAUCUGCAGAAGAAGGAAGACACGGCCGGGACUGGGCCCCGGCUCCGCCGGCAACAAGGAGAAGGAAAAGUUGGAGAAGGAGAAGAAGUGA